GGGAGCGCUGGGAUAUGCUUGGCGUCGUCGCCAGGAAACACGCUAAUUCGAAACGUGCGCCCCGGCAGCGCCGUGCUGCGCCCGGGCGGGCGUUACCCAAAGCUCAGCCGGCGCGGGCAGGGGAGAUGUGGGGGUGGAUUUGAAAAGCACAUGGAGACGGACGAAGCUGAAGGCGAUGACGAAUGUGGGGGAAGAGGAUGUGGUGGCAAUAGUGGCAGAGCUGGCCGUGGUGGAUGAGGUGGCCGUGGUACUCUAUAUUGAUGCGACUGGAGGUGGCCGUGAUGAGGGAGGUGGAAGCAGCCGAGAUUGUGGAGGUGUACGUGACUGUGGAGGUUGCCUUGACAGAGAAGGUGGAUGUGGCCAUGAUAGUGGAGGUGGCCGUGAUAUUAUAGCAUGA